AUGCUAUACACUCAUGCCACCGUUGUGACUGUGGAUGCUUCACGUCGGAUAAUCACCGACGGAGCAAUCCGCGUAGUUGGCGAUGUCAUUGUUGAUAUUGGCAAGGCAGAUAUCCUCAAGGGAAAGUAUGGAGCCGAUGAAGAGUGCGAUCUCUCCGGGCGGAUUAUCAUUCCAGGAUUGAUCUCGACCCACAUGCACACAGCACAGACCUUACUACGAGGCACAGCCGACGAUCUCGAGUUGGUUUCGUGGUUAUGCGAGAGAAUCUGGGUUCUUCAGGGUAACUUUACGGCGGAGGACGGGUACGCUGCGGCACGACUGAGUAUCGGAGAGAUGCUUAAAUCGGGAACCACCUGCUUUUUGGAGAGCAUGUUUGCAGAUCGAUACGGUUUUGACGGGCUAUGUCGCGCUGUCGAAGAGAGUGGCAUCCGUGGCUGUCUAGGUAAGAUUGUCAUGGACAUUGCAAAAUAUGCUAAAGACGAUGCCUGGGCCAUGCAUCCCGGCCUUGUUGAGAACCGUGAAACCUCCUUGCUUGGGACUUUGAAGAUGUGGGAGAAGUGGAAUGGUGCAGCCGAUGAUAGAAUCAGAGUCUGGUUUGGUGCUAGGACUCCCGGAGGAGUAUCGGACGCACUUUAUAAAGAAAUGACCGCUAUUUCCAAAGAUAAGGGUAUACCCAUUACCAUGCACUGCGCUGAGGUCAAGGCCGAUCGUGACUUUUUCGCUUCGGUCUCGCACACCCCGAUGUCAUAUUGCAAAUCAGUUGGCUUGCUGAGUGAUUCAACUGUCCUCGUUCAUAUGGUUCAUUUGGAUGACUCGGACAUUGAACUUCUUUCUUCUUCGGGAACGCAUGUCGCACACUGCCCAACAUCUAAUGCGAAGCUUGCGUCCGGAAUCUGCAGGGUGCCAGAUCUCCAAAAGGCCGGGGUCAAUAUCGGCCUGGGUACCGAUGGCGCACCGUGUAACAAUACAUGCGAUCUAUUGCAGGAGAUGAAACUCGCCGCUAUUAUUCACAAGGGGAUCUCCCAGGAUCCCACAGCGGUUCCAGCCGAAAAUGUGCUGGAGAUGGCUACAAUCAAUGGCGCCAAGGCACUGGGCUUGGAUAACCAGAUCGGCAGUCUGGAAAAUGGCAAGAAAGCUGACUUUGUGGCUAUCGACGUUCGAGGAAUCCACACCCAACCUUGGUUUAACCCAGUCAGCGCGGUUGUUUAUACUGCAACUGGGAGAGAUGUCGAUGUCGUUGUGAUCAACGGGAAGGUUGUGGUCAAUAAUGGAGCGCUCAUGACGAUGGAUGAGGAGGAAAUUGUGCAAGAAGCACAAAGAAGAAGCAAAGAGGUAGUGGAAAGAGCCGGUCUGGGCAAGAAAGUUCAAGGCCGCUGGCCAGUGGAGUGA